GAAAGAAAUGCAUAUUUUCACUGGUAGCUUUCUAGCAAUGCUUCUGUCCCAGUAUCUAUGCCCGGUGCUUAUCGUUCUGUUUGCAACAACGUGCAUACUCCUGGUAUAUCAACGAAUUCAAGAGAACACUGGUCUUCCUCCGGGUCCAUUCUCUUUGCCAAUUAUUGGUAAUCUUCAUUUACUCGGCAGCAAACCUCAUGAACGACUUACAGAGUUGGCCAAGACGUUUGGUGAUGUGUAUAGAUUACAAUUAGGAUCUCGCCGUGUUAUUGUCUUGAAUUCUCUGGACUGUGUUAAGGAAACAUUAGUGAAGAAAUCUAGCGAUUUUUCCAGCCGACCGCCGUUGAACAGUCUGCAAGCAUGCGAAGGAAGUCUAACAUUUGGACCUUACGAUGAAAUGUACGUCAAGAAACGACGGUUAGCCCACCUUUGCAUGCAUAGCUUUAUGUCAGAUCACGAACGACUGGACUCUCAAAUUAACAAUGGUUUGGAAAAUCUUUGCAAACGAUUUUCAGACCAUAACGAAGAAUUUGAUCCAAUUCAUGACAUAAAACAUGCAGUCGCUGAAAUGAAUUUUAACUAUACUUUUGGCGAGGAUAUUGAACCUAAGAAUAAAGAGAAACUGAACGGAAUAUUGAAAGAGUUUAGCGAAUUCAACGUCAGCGGUUUACCGGAUUUUUUACCAUGGUUAAGUCCAUUGUUCGAAAGAUCAUUCAAAAGAAUAAAGGAAAUUAUUGCUCAUCUUUUGAACUUUGUCCGCCACAUUUACUUUGAGAAGAAAGAAAAAUUCAACAAGAAAAACAAAAUCGGUUGCAUCGGUGAUGCAUUAGUGCGAUGUUAUGAGAAUGGUACUAAUGAAAGAUUGGUUGCUCUUGGUGAAGAACUUGACUUGAAUGAAGAGAAUGUUGCUACAUUGUUAACAGAUUUGUAUGGUGCAAGUGUUGAUACAACCAGUACAAGUCUUAUUUGGGCGGUUCUUUAUCUCGCUUGUCACCCAAACAUUCAAGAUCGCCUGUACCAGGAACUAAAGGAUGUUGUUGGACUGAACUGCAUAAGCGUGAACGAUAAAAAUCGCUUGCCGUUCUUAGAGGCAACUGUUUUAGAAACUCUACGAUAUAGCACAGUUCUUCCUCUAGCUGUACCACAUUAUGCAGAACGCGAGACAAGUGUCGGACCUUACAGAGUCCCUGAAGACACUAUCGUUUUCGUGAACUUAUGGGCUGUUAACCACGACGAAAGAGUUUUCAAAGAUGCCUUAAAAUUUGAUCCUGGUCGUUUUAUCGAUGAAAAUGGUGAAGUAAACAGAGCUCGUUUUUCUUCUAUACCAUUCUCAACUGGCACUCGUAAAUGUCUUGGUCACUUGCUUGCUCAACUGCAGUUGUUCUUACUUCUUGGUGGUAUUGUACACAAGUAUAGAAUUGAACUGUCGGGUUGUCCAAGUCUUGCACCUGAAUUUGGUUUUAUUCUACGACCACAGUCUUUUAAAAUUAAGGUUUCUGCAAGAUAAAAGACUGAAACAUUCCAGUUCUAAAUCAUUUUGAUUAGUCAUAUUGGAAGAAUUGAAAUUAGCUUAUAGUGGCAAACAGCACAAAAGACAUAUUUUGUUAUUUUUGCGAAUAUAGUUGUAUUGAAUUUGACAUCAGGGGCGCUGUAUGAAAACCGGAUAGCGCUAUCCACCGGAUAGUGAUUUUUUUAACCGUUCUUUAAAAAUGCUUGAAAAGCGAAUAAAAUUUCAUCUUUGGAACCAACAGUUAUUAAAGACGAUUCUCGAUUUAUGAAUGCUAAGAAUUAAGUUAUAGAAAACAAUAAGGGAACUUAAGGUGAAACUAUCCGGUGGAUAGCACUAUCCGGCAUACAACCGGCCCCAGAGUUAUAUGGUUACCAAAAAUUAUAUGCUACAGAAUGCGCUUUUCUUUUAAGUGCACUCUUCCACAAUAAAAUUUGAUAUCUUGCCUAUUUUACAAACUGCAUUUGCUUACCUGCAUGUUUCCACUGAACCAUGUUGUGAUUUAUUUUU